AUGGCGCCCUCCCGCUUCCAGCAGAAGCGCCUGCUGCCCUACAUCCUCAUCACCGCCGUUAUUCUUGUGCUCUUCUACUUCCUCCGCCAACCCCCCCAGCCAGACCUCCCCGUCUUCUACGCCGGCGACAGUCCGCCGCAGCCGCUCCAGAAGUUCAAUUGGGCCAAGCGCAAGCAGCAUUAUCCCGUCAAAAAGUUCCGCCAGCUCCCCGACGGCAAGCCGAAGAAGCUGCCGCCCGUCCAGUUCGACUUUGGCAAGGAAGACGCCACUGCCCAGACCCUGCGCGAGAAGCGCCGCGGCGAGGUCAAGAAGGCCUUUGAGCGGUCGUGGAAAUCCUACCGCGAGAAUGCUUGGCUGCAGGACGAGCUCGCCCCCAUCUCCGGGAGCUCCAAGUCGACCUUUGGCGGCUGGGCCGCCACGCUUGUCGACUCCCUCGACACCCUCUGGAUCAUGGGCAUGAAGACGGAAUUCAAAGAGGCCGUUGCUGCUGUUGCUCAUAUCGAUUUCUCGUCCACCAGCGUCGACCAGAUCAACGUCUUUGAAACAACCAUCCGAUACCUGGGCGGCUUCCUCAGCGCCUACGACCUCAGCGGCGACAAGCGGCUGCUGAAGAAGGCCGUCGAGGUGGCCGACAUGCUCUACGUUGCCUUCGACACCCCGAACCGCAUGCCCAUCACCCGCUGGAACCCCGUCAAGGCCCUUGACGACAUGCCUCAAGAAGCCGACCAGAGCGUGCUGGUUGCAGAGAUCGGCUCACUGACCAUGGAGUUCACUCGUCUGUCCCAAAUCACCAAGGACCCAAAGUGGUAUGACGCUGUCGCUCGCAUCAUGGAUAUCUUCAAGGACCAACAGUCCCAUACCGACUUGCCCGGCAUGUGGCCCGUCAUGGUCAAUGCUAGAGAUACCGAUUUCACCAAGGAUCGUUCUUUCACCCUCGGUGGCAUGGCCGAUUCGCUGUACGAGUACUUUCCCAAGACUUACGCGCUGCUUGGUGGCCUUGCCCCUCUCUACCGUACCCUCUAUGAGGGUUCGAUGAACACCGCCAUCCAGCACCUUUUGUUCAAGCCAAUGGUCCCUGAGAGCGCCGACCUUCUUGCUGUCGGCUCCGUCCGCACGGACGGCAAAGGCUUCGCCAUGUUGCAUGCAGAAUGGCAGCAUUUGGUCUGCUUCGCCGGGGGUAUGUUCGCCCUGGGUGGCAGACUUUUUGAAAUACCAGACCAUGUCACCAUCGGCCAGAGGCUGACGGAUGCUUGCGUCUGGACAUAUAAGACUUUCCCUCUUGGCAUCAUGCCCGAGAUUUCCCAUCUUGUUCCCUGUCCAGACACUCCCUCGAUCACCUCUACGGCUGACCUCCUCUCCCAGUCUUGUUCGUGGGAUGAGGCUCAUUGGAAGAAGAAAAUCAAAGAGCGACUAGGCCGCACGGCAAAUGUCGACCAGUCGAUCGCGCUGGACCGCUUGCAGCCGGGCAUUACCGCCGUCACUGACCGGCGCUACAUCUUGCGCCCCGAAGCAAUCGAAAGUGUGUUCGUACUGUACCGCAUCACGGGCGCCCAGUCACUGCAAGCGGCUGCGUGGGACAUGUUUACGGCGAUACAGCAAUCGACACAAACAGAUCUGGCAAAUGCGGCGUUGGCGGAUUGCACAGUGACAGAUGGUAAUCCGCCCAAAAUGGACAGCAUGGAGAGCUUCUGGACAGCCGAAACGCUCAAGUAUUUCUACCUUGUCUUCUCCGAACCAGACCUCGUCAGCUUGGACGACUAUGUCUUCAACACCGAGGCCCAUCCCUUCAAGAUUCCCAAAUGA